AGGUAGGGCGGUUGGAAUUGAAGAUGGCGGCGCGGAGCCAGGGCGCAGUCGGCAGUGGCGGGGGGCACUGCCACUCCCGCCUCCUUCUGGCCGUCUUCCUCAGCACUCUGAGGAGUUCGCUGGGCACGACGCACUGGAUUGUGACCGAGGACGGAAAGAUUCAGCAGCAGGUUGAUUCCCCUCUUAAUCUGAAACAUCCCCAUGAUUUGGUAGUAUUUAUGAGACAGGAAGCUACAGUCAACUACCUCAAAGAACUGGAAAAACACUUAGUUGCUCAGAAAAUUCAUAUAGAAGAAAAUGAAGAUCGAGACACAGGUUUGGAACAGAGACAUUACAAAGAGGAUUCUGACUGCAUUAAAGCCAAAGUGCCUCUUGGAGACCUCGAUCUAUAUGAUGGAACAUUCAUUCCAUUGGAAAACAAGGAUAUCAGCCCUGAAGAAUACAUUGAUACAAAGGCCCCAUUACCUCAAGACCUAGACACACCAGAUUGCACAAAAAUGAUGGAUCUUCCAUUUAGUAUUCAUGCUUUUCAGCAUUUAAGGGGUAUCCAAGAACGGAUUAAUCUUACAGCACCAGUGUUAUCAAAAGAAGACCCCAUCUUUAUCAGCUUAUCAAGAAGAUUAGGUAGAAGUAUUGAAGAAAUAGGCCAUAGAAUUAAUGCGGCCUUGUUGAAGAAUACAUCAUCAUGGGUAUUGUAUAACAUGGCUUCAUUUUAUUGGAGGAUGAAGAAUGAGCCAUAUCAGGUGGUAGAAUGUGUCAUUCGGGCAUUACAUUUUUCUCCACGGCAACAUAAAGAUGUAGCAUUGAUGAAUUUGGCCAAUGUCUUGCACCGAGCCCAUUUCUCAGCAGAUGCAGCCAUAUUGGUUCAUGCUGCAUUGGAUGUAUCCACGGACUUUCUCACAAGUCAUUACACUCUUGGAAACAUUUAUGCUAUGUUAGGAGAAUAUAACCAUUCAGUGCUAUGCUAUGAUCAGGCAUUGCUUAUAAGGCCAGGUUUUGAACACGCUCUGAGAAGGAAACAUGCUGUCCUGUGCCAGCAGAAAUUGGAACAAAAAUUGGAGGCACAGCACAGGUCUUUGCAGCGAACGUUAAAUGAACUAAAGGAAUACCAGAAGCAGCAUGAUAAUUACCUGAGGCAGCAAGAAUUGCUGGAGAAGCACAAAGUUAUGCAAGAUGAGCAACUGCUGAGAAAUAUAAUCCAUGAAACACAAAUGGCUAAAGAAACUCAGCUCGGAAACCAUCAGCUUUGUCGUUGGGUUAACAAACAGCAAAUUUUACACUGCCAGUGGGAUCGUCCUGUGCGCUAUACCAGAGGAGAUCUUUUUGAUACAGUAGAACAUGUUCAGUUUGGAGAGGAUAGUUCCACCUCAAGUAUGAUGCCCGUUGAGAUGAAGUUAACGAUGAAUAUGACAUGGGACAGCAUACAGCAGCAAUUUCCAUCAUCGCCAACAGGUCGAUCAGUGUUGAAUAUAUGGGGAAAGGAUUUCUCAAGCUACAAUGAUAUACUAUGGCCAAAAAGAUUGGACUGUAUACACACUUAUCCCACUCUUCCCAAGGCAGCUGAUCUUCCAACAUACUUUCUACCUCCAGAAUACAAAGGAUUUGGUGUCCGAUCAUUUCUGAUGCCUUCAGGAAACCAAGAUAGAGACAUGGCUGGCAGACUUCCUGACUGCUCUUCCAUGUUAGAUUUCCACAAUAAUGAACAGCUUUAUCAACUAGUGAAAGAACUGGAAAAUACACCAGACUUGAAAUCAGGAAUACCAGACUACUAUGCCAAACAGGCUCUGUUUUCUCACUUGAGUAUUAUAGAGGAACAAGUUGGAGAAGUUAUCUCUCAAGCUAUUGAAAAGCAAACUGCUCCAAUGUGGUUACUAUUGAAUGAAGCUGGUUUGUACUGGCGAGCUAUUGGGAAUACAACUUCUGCUCUUGACUGUUUAAGACAAGCAUUGAAUCUGGUUCCAGAAGAUUACAUGGAUAUUCCACUUGUCAACCUGGCUAAUCUACUAAUUCACAUUGAGCUACAUCAGGAUGCUGCUGCUCUUUUGCAAAAAGCACUGGCUAUUAACAGCACAGAGCCACUAACACUUCUAAGCUUAGGGAAUGCCUAUCUGGCUCUCAGGAACAUUAGUGCUGCUCUUCAAGCCUUCAGAACAGCGCUGGACAGAACAACUAGAUGCCCUGAAUGUGACAGCAACCUGAAGUUAAUCCGCUGCCUACAGUUCUAUCCUUUUUUAUAUAACCUUACAUCAUCUAAGUGUACAGAAAGCCAUUGUUACAACAUAGAACAUGACUUAUCAGUUCAUGAACAUCAAAAAUAUUUUACCAAUCCAGAAAAGAUAAUAGAGUCCUCAGAGGAAGCCAUCCUUGAAGAAGCUUCCCAGCUGUCUGGAGACUUAACAGGGGAUUCAUCACCAUCUGAGCUUAAAUCUGUAAUUAUAGCAGAAAACAACAACACUAAUGAAAGAGAAAUUCCCAAAACUUUGGAGACUGAUGAAAAUCCAUCUGCCACAUCAGAAGUUUUUGAAAAUACUUGGCCCUCAGAAAAAGACCUUUUGGGAGCAUUUGAAGGAGCAUUUGAGGUUAAAGGUCACCGAGUGGACCUACAGGGGAUUCGGGUUUUAAAGAAAGGUGUCCAGGAUGGAGUACCAGGAUCCUGUUUUGGAGAUUGUGAAGAUGAUGAUGACGACGAAGCCGAAUGGAUAACUGUCCAAGUUAAACGUAUUAAGAAGUCAAAAAUAGACAGUGUUGAUAAUCCAGACUACAGUAUUCGAAGCGGUGAGAAGAGUGACAGUUAUCUAGUAACUGAGGAAGAUGAUCGUUAUCGUUCUGCAUUUGAAAUAAGUGGGCCUAAAAUACCAUCACCAGGACCACAAGGAAAGAAGCGAGAUUAUAUCAGCCUUGGAUGGCCUAGCCCUGAUGAAUGCAUGAAAAUCCGUAGAGUGGAACUCACAAUGGUUGCAAGCACGUGGCUAGCAGUUUCUGCCAAAAAUAUAGAUAUUACAGAACAUAUUGACUUUGCCACGUGCCUGCAAGAGCCAGCAGUAGAACCGGUUUGUAAUGCCAAUCUUCCUGCCAGUAUGCACACUUUAGACCAUUUACAUGGUGUAGCGAGUCGACUCAGUAUUCAUUAUACUGGAGAAAGCCAAUUGAAGGAGGUUUUACAAAAUCUAGGCAAAGACAAUUAUCCAUCCCAGUCAUUUGAGCAGGUUGGAACACGAAUAGCCAAAGUGUUAGAAAAAAAUCAAACUUCCUGGGUGCUUUCAAGUAUGGCUGCACUUUAUUGGAGAGUUAGAGGUCAAGGAAAGAAAGCUAUUGACUGCUUACGUCAAGCAUUACACUAUGCACCUCAUCACAUGAAAGAUGUGCCUCUCAUUAGUUUGGCAAAUAUUUUUCACAAUGCUAAACUCUGGGAUGAUGCAAUCAUCGUCGCUACGAUGGCAGUGGAAAUUGCCCCCCAUUUUGUUGUCAAUCACUUUACCCUGGCUAACGUCUAUUUAGCAAUGGAAGACUACGAGAAAGCAAUGCGAUGGUAUGAAUCUACUUUGAAGCUACAACCAGAGUUUGCACCAGCUAAAGAUCGUCUUCGCACUAUCCAGUGCCAUUUGUUAAUGAAAAAGGAGAGACGCUCUCCAUAAGGGUAACACCAUUACCAUUAGACACAAUUAUCUGGUGCCUGCUUCAGACCUUUUAAAAUGGUGAACACCUAGUUUAAUUGAGGGAGAUUACAUUUGUGAAAAUAUGGAAUAUGAAAUGAGCUACGGAUCAAAGCUUUAAAAAAGUAUUGUAACUAUCACACCAUAAUAUAAUUACUGAAAAGAAGAAAUAAAUUACAUUAAAAACAGAUUACAGCAGUAUUGAAUUUGUAUUUUAAAUGAUAAUGUACAAAACUUUAAAUGGUUUUAAGUAUGCUUUCUGUAUGCAGAUCAAGUCAGGAAACUUCUAAUUCCUUUUGGGAAAUACUGGGGACCUGUGUGAAAGUGGAACAAUAAAUCAUUUCUUAACAACUGAA